UGUGAUACUUCCGAUUUGAUUCAAGUUGAUGCGUUUGAUUUUCAUUUUAGUGUGUUGUUUUCUUCUUUGAGUGUUUGAUUUGUUCAUGUUUUCAGUUCAGAUUAUACAUAACUAGAUUGAUUUCGAUCGAUAACAUAGUUUUUGAAAGUUGCUUUAUAGUAACGCCAAACAUUAGGGUUUUGGGUUUAUGAAAUGAAGGACCAUGGUGGCUGUCUAGCUGGUAAAGUGUUUGUGUUCUAAGUGUAUCUAAUUAUGUAUGGAUUUGAGCUUAUAAAUGUAUUUAUGAGGUUCGAUUUUCGCCACAUUUUUUUGUUUAGUAAAUAAUUAUCUUCAUCAACAUUGUAAUGAUGGGGUUGUUUGCUUCAUAUUGUAUUGUGUUGUUGUCAUACACUAGUUGAGCAUCUUAAUCUAUGUAGUCUACAGAAUCCCUGAAGUCCCUUUGUUGUUGUAAAUAGUGGGCAGAUUAAAUGAUGAGUUUAUUGUAUGAAUUUGUAUUGGUUUCAUUGAUUUACUUGGGUUUUUCAUGUAUUCUAACUCCUCUAAGAUAAGAUUGAAUUGAACUAUAAUUUUCUUAGUUUUUUUUUGCCACUUUGUAAAUUGUAUAAACUCUGUAAGAUGUAAGCUUUCACAGGCUGUGAUAGAUAGAUGGCUAAUAUAGAACUAUACCUAUUUUAAGUAGUUAUUGGGAUUUUAGACUUGGGUGGGUUGAGGUGUCAUGUAAAUAAAAUUGAUGAAUGGUCGUUUGUUGAAAAAUCACUUGCUUUCGUUUUUCUUUUUCUAUUUCAGAAAUGUAUGGUUCUGGGCAUAAACAUAAUGGAGUUCAAUUCUAUAUCCAAUACUGUCGAGACAAAACCUAAUUUUUUACUUUCUUAAUAGAAGGAGUUAUAAAUCCAAGAUAUAGUUGCUUCACUAUCUGGGCUGUAUGAGAGGAAGAUGUUGCUGUUUAAUAUGUUUCCAUGAUUGUCAACUACUUCUGUUGAUUUGGAGUGCACACAUGUAGCUUGUGCAGCCCCUUAAUAACUGCAGAACAUUUCUCAUAUUUUUAUGUAGAGGUAGUUGGAUACAUCCUUGCAUAGUUUUAAUUCCAUCAAUGGCAUUACUUUAGGACUUAUAAACUGUAAAAUUGACGGCUAAUUUGAGGCAGUAUUAUGGUGAAUAAUUCAUAAGGAUUGGGUUUUGUUGCCUCUCCCAUAAUGUUAGUAGAAUCUGUGAUUUGGGACCGUUGCAUCUAUGGGUGUGUUACAUGUGUACGCUAAAACGUGCUUUGAAUAUGCAGAGACACAGACAGAAAGCCAUUUGUGUGCUUUAUUGUAGGCACUUUUGUGAUCUGUAUUGGUUUUAACAAAGCACCUUUCUUUUGGCAAGUAAUGUCUUUGACAUUUGAUGCAAGUUGUAAUUCUUUUUGAAGUCACUAGUCUUGUCCUCUCUUCUCACAGAUCUUACUAGCAAACCAGCAUUCCUUCUGUUGGAGCACUGAGUUCCCCGGGAAUCGUCAAGAUGUCUCGAAAAGGGUUGAUGGAGCAGGAUUUGAGCAAGCUGGAUGUGACAAAUUUACAUCCACUCUCACCUGAAGUUAUUUCUCGUCAGGCAACAAUAAAUAUUGGUACUAUAGGUCAUGUGGCUCAUGGCAAGUCAACAGUUGUUAAAGCAAUAUCGGGUGUUCAGACUGUUCGUUUUAAAAAUGAGCUGGAGCGCAACAUUACUAUUAAGCUUGGAUAUGCCAAUGCAAAGAUAUAUAAAUGCGAAGAAGAACGGUGCCCUCGGCCCAUGUGCUACAAGGCAUAUGGAAGUGGUAAAGAAGAUAGUCCUAUGUGUGAUGUGCCUGGGUUUGAGAAUUGCAGGAUGAAAUUGCUGAGGCAUGUAUCUUUUGUUGAUUGCCCGGGUCAUGAUAUUCUCAUGGCUACAAUGCUUAAUGGAGCAGCAAUUAUGGAUGGAGCAUUACUUCUCAUAGCUGCCAAUGAAAGUUGCCCCCAACCUCAAACUUCAGAGCACUUGGCUGCUGUUGAAAUAAUGCGGCUCCAACAUAUAAUAAUUCUCCAAAAUAAGGUCGAUCUUAUUCAGGAAAAUGUAGCUAUCAACCAGCAUGAAGCAAUUCAGAAGUUCAUCCAGGGAACUGUGGCUGAUGGUGCACCAGUGAUACCAGUUUCUGCACAGCUAAAGUACAACAUUGAUGUUGUGUGUGAAUAUAUUGUGAAAAAGAUCCCCAUUCCAGAAAGGAACUUCAUCUCACCUCCUAACAUGAUAGUAAUCCGGUCGUUUGAUGUCAAUAAGCCUGGGUUUGAGGUUGAUGAAAUUAAAGGAGGUGUUGCUGGUGGAAGUAUUCUCAAAGGUGUUCUGAAGGUAAAUCAACUCAUUGAGGUUCGUCCUGGGAUUGUUGUUAAGGAUGAGAGUGGAAACAUCAAAUGCACACCGAUUUAUUCAAGAAUAGUUUCAUUGUUUGCCGAGCAAAAUGAACUGCAAUUUGCUGUACCAGGAGGUCUCAUUGGGGUUGGCACUACUAUGGACCCGACUUUGACACGUGCUGAUAGAUUGGUCGGUCAGGUUCUUGGUGAGGUUGGGACACUCCCUAAAGUUUUUGUUGAACUAGAGGUGAACUUUUUCUUGUUGAGACGGCUUCUGGGUGUGAGGACAAAGGGCACAGAAAGGCAAGGAAAGGUCACAAAGCUAGCGAAGGCAGAGAUUCUGAUGCUGAACAUAGGUUCUAUGUCAACAGGUGCUCGAGUUGUUGGUGUAAAGAAUGAUUUGGCAAAAUUGCAGCUCACAUCUCCAGUUUGCACCAGUAUGGGGGCAAAAAUUGCUCUGAGCAGGCGAGUCGAGAAGCACUGGCGUCUAAUUGGGUGGGGUCAGAUUCAAGCUGGUACCACACUUGAUGUUCCUGCUUGUCCCAUUUGAGUGAAUCCGACAUACAAUUAGAUAGAAGAAAGAAGAAAAAACAAAAUAUCAAACAGAAAAAUUGGGGGGGAAAUGUGGGAGGGUUGGUUGCAAUUUUUGUGAGAUGGAGAAGGAAAAAUUGAUGCGGAUGGCUAUUGAUUGUUUGUAAUGGUUCUUGUUUUGACUUUUAAUUUUUGUAGUGUGGUAUAACUUCUGCAGAUUCGUUAGUUGUUUCUGUUUUGAGAAUCGGAUAUGUUGGAUAUGUUUUGACAGAUGAACUUAUUGGUCCAUUUACCGGAUGAGUUCAUGGCUAUUGGGAAAUAACCCUAACGCUGCACUUGAACAGAUGUAUUCAUGGCUAUAGAUGUGGUUGUUUCUGUUGGAGUGUUGUAUAUGUUGGUUACAUUUUAUCAGAUUUUGAGUUCAUAGAUAUUUGGCAAAAAA